CCGACAACCAGAUACAAGAGUGACAUUAGCGCUUCUUUGACAUACCUUGUAGGGCGCUGCGUCAUACUCUUUUUGCCAACGCACAGGGUUCUUCUACAAAAAUGCUGGUCGAGAACUUUGAAGUGCAGUCUCCCAACGUGGUGUACUCUGAUGAGCACAUCACUAGCACGUAUGAGUAUGCCUCGACGAAGCUGGACCGGGCUGCUGAUGGCAAAUGGGUCGUCAAGCCGACCAAGGCCACCUAUCAGUUCCGUGUCGACCGCAAGGUGCCGAAGCUAGGAGUCAUGCUCGUGGGCUGGGGCGGCAACAACGGCACGACGCUGACUGCCGGCAUCCUGGCUAACAAACAUGGCAUUACCUGGAUGACGAAGGACGGUCUUAAGAAGCCGAACUUCUACGGCUCUCUCACUCAGGCCGCAACUGUGCGCGUUGGUAACUAUGAGGGCGAGGAGGUAUACGCUCCCUUCAAGGCCCUGCUGCCUAUGGUUGAGCCCACGGACAUCGUGCUUGGUGGCUGGGACAUUUCUGGCCUGAACCUAGCUGAGGCCAUGGAGCGGGCCAAGGUGCUGGACUGGACUCUGCAGGAGCAGGUGGUGCCCUACAUGCGCGACAUGGUUCCCUUGCCUGGCAUCUACGACCCGGACUUUGUGGCCGCCAACCAGGAGGAGCGUGCCGAUAACAUCAUUAAGGGCACCAAGCGCGAGCAGGUGGAGACUGUGCGCCAGCAGAUUCGCGCCUUCAAGGAGUCCAACGCGCUGGACAAGGUCGUGGUGCUCUGGACGGCCAACACGGAGCGGUUCGCGCAGGUCAUGGAGGGCCUCAACGACACCGCUGACAACCUGCAGGCCGCCAUCGACCGCAACGAGGCGGAGAUUGCGCCCAGCACCCUGUACGCUGUUGCCUGCGUGCAGGAGGGCGUGCCCUUCGUCAACGGCUCCCCGCAGAACACCUUUGUGCCCGGAAUGAUUGAGCUGGCCGUGAAGCACAACGUCCUCAUCGGCGGUGACGACUUCAAGUCGGGCCAGACCAAGCUUAAGUCGGUGCUGGUGGACUUCCUGGUCGGCGCCGGCAUCAAGCCCACGUCUAUCGUGUCGUACAACCACCUGGGCAACAACGACGGUCUGAACCUCUCGGCGCCUCAGACCUUCCGCAGCAAGGAGAUCUCCAAGUCCAACGUGGUGGACGACAUGGUUGCCUCCAACAGCAUCCUCUACGCGCCCGGCGAGCACCCAGACCACGUGGUGGUGAUCAAGUACGUGCCGUACGUGGGCGACUCGAAGCGCGCCAUGGACGAGUACACGAGCGAGAUCUUCAUGGGCGGCCGCAACACGCUGGUCAUCCACAACACCUGCGAGGACUCCCUGCUGGCUGCGCCCAUCAUCCUGGACCUUGUGCUGCUGGCGGAGCUCAUCACCCGCAUCAACCUGAAGAAGGACGACGAGGAGGCGUUCCACGGCCUGCACCCCAUUGCCGUGCUGCUGUCGUACCUCACCAAGGCGCCGCUAGUGCCGUACGGCACCCCUGUGGUGAAUGCGCUGGCGAAGCAGCGGGCGAUGCUUGAAAACAUUCUGCGCGCCUGUGUGGGGCUCGCGCCUGACAGCCAGAUGCUGCUUGAGUUCAAGGCGUAAGGGGUGGUUGGCGGGUGUUUGUGAAUGGGAAGGGGGAGCUGUCUAGCGGGGUUACCGCUUGGGCGGUAGGCAACAACGCUGUUCUGUAACUAUAUAAUACCGACUUGACGUAGGGUAAGGUGGGGCAAAUUUUGGGUGAUUAAUAGAGUACGUUUUGUCCAUGUUCAGAUGCUUCAGAUGCAGCGCUUUCCCGAUGGCUUUGUUGUGGCUAGGGACGCUUGCCUGGGGGUUUCUGUUGCUGACCUGUCAUGCUAUCACUUUUUGGUGCACGGGACAUUUUGCCUUUGUUGCAGGCUAACACUUCUCGUUGCGAUAGUCACACUAGUUUAAUUAGACGGGUGUACGGACACCGCCGUUGGCUUCGUUGGAUGAGUUGAGGUGCUCCUGGUUGCAGCUUUAUGCUUGCUCCUUUGCGCAGGUUGGUGACUGGGGUUUGCAGUUUGGCUGGGCUUUUACUCUGCCCAGUGGGUUUGACGUAGGCUGUCCGACUGUCAUGGUCAUGGUGCGGUGCGGGGGCCAGGGGCGCUUGUUUCGCUGCCGACGUUUUACUUGCCUCUUGGGCCCGAUGGUGGUGCAUCGUACCUUGGCCGUGCAUGCACUCUUUAUAUUCUCUCCAUUACUGCGACUUAUAGGUUGUUAUCUAUGACAGGGUUGGCUAUGCCCUAAUCCUGGGUUGGGUUGCUGUUGCCCGCUUUGCAGAUUGAUGUUGCUAAGAGUGGCAGUGCUGUUUUUGGAUGGAGAGGAGUUGUUGCCUGUCAUCGCAGGUCACAUAGGUUCUGACAGAGCCUGUAGGAAAAAUGACCCGAAGAAGCCGCUGUUCGACAUGAGACAGUGCUUGACACAGGUGCGGCCACCUAAUUGUAAGCACACAUCUGCGAACGA